AUGUCAGCUAUUCCCAUUAAACUUCUUAAUGAGAGUCAAGGCCAUGAGAUAACGUUAGAACUAAAUAAUGGUGACAUGUAUCGAGGAAAGUUGGUAGAAAACGAAGAUAACAUGAACUGUCAGCUAAGAGAUGUCAUUUUCACCCAGGCUAAUGGCAAAAUGACAAGGAUGGACGACGUGUUCAUUAGAGGAUCGAAUAUAAAGCUUGUUGUUGUGCCUGACAUGCUAAAGCACGCCCCAUUAUUUAAGAAGACUGCCGUAUCGAAACCUCCUCCACCAAUUCGUGGCCCAAAAAGGAGAUAG